GCCAGGAAGCUCACGCUGGGCCAAAAGAUGACUGUGUUAGUAUCUCACACUGUGUCGGCUGUGCUGGAACAGAAAGGCAACCAUUGGUUGUCGCCUCCCAGAUUUUUAAAAUACCAGGCCAUCCUGGCUGAAUCAGACAACGUAACCAUUCAGGUAAUUAACACUGUGAACCCAGCUUCAUUUCUAGAAGGGAGAGCCCCAGCAGAACCCAUCGAACACGACUGCCUGGAAACAAUUGAAGCCGUCUACUCCAGUCACCCAGAUCUCAAAGAAGAGCCGCUCGAAGAUGCGGACAACUGGUUCUCGGAUGGCAGCAGCUUCGUGAAGCGAGUUGUAAGGAUGGCUGGCUGUGCAGUCACUACUGCAGAAAGGGUAAUUGAGUCAAACCCCUUGCCUGCAGGGACUUCAGCUCAAAAGGCAGAGCUGGUAGCUCUGACCCGAGCCCUGGAAUUGGCGGAGAACAUGCAAAUUAAUAUAUGGACAGACUCUAAAUAUGCCUUUUCCGUUGUACAUGCUCAUGGAGCAAUCUGGAAAGAAAGAGGACUGUUGACUACACAGAGAAGAAAAAAAAAAAAAAACAAAAAAAAACCAGUCAAACAUGCAGAGGAGGUUCUGCGAUUGCUAGAGGCGGUCCAACUCCCAGCACAAGUGGCCAUAAUGCAUUGUAAGGGACAUCUGAAAGGUAACACUAUUCCAGAAAUAGCGAACAGGAAGGCAGAUACAGAAGCUAAAUUGGCUGCCACAAGAACUAGGGAAGUGGAAAUAGUGGCCCUAAUACCAGGAGAGCUGGAUACCAAUAUCCAGCCAGAUUACCAGGAAUCAGAUCAUAGAUGGAUUCAAAGAAAUAAGGGCAAAAAUAUUAGAAAAUGGUUGAGGUCAAUUGGAAACAGGACAGUUAGUAGUACCAGGAAAUGUGAUGUGGCAGUUUGUAAAAGCAGAACAUGAGAAGGCCCACUGGGGUCUAAAUCCGCUUUACCAAUAUUUGCAAACUAGGAUAGCAGGACCGAAAUUAUUUACUACUGCAAAACACGUUACGUCCCAGUGUGAGCGGUGUCUGAAAAGCAACCCGAAUACGGGAACCAAGGUACACCAAGGAGCCAAGAAUCGAGGUAAAUUCCCAGAAUCUUUUAGGAGAACCCCUACAAGAAAAGUGGGAGGAACCUUUCCAAGUGCUGCUGACUACCUUCACUGCGGUUCGGAUCAAGGAGCAACCCACGUGGAUCCAUUAUUCGCGGGUCAAGAAAGCUCCGGAGAACAAACAAGAAAAGCAGACAUCAUAAUUCUGACUCCACCUCAAACCUUUACAACUCUGAUCAUUGAGUUCUCGAGGGACUCUCUGGAUACCUGCUGAAUGGGUGAAGCCUUACGUAUCUGGGAUGUCGGGUGGUGGGGUAGAAUAACAGCAGGAGAUGAAGGACGGCGACUGCUGAGAAAGCUUUUCUUUAAUGUACAGCAGGACCUCCAGCGUCUCGCGCAAUAUAGUGAACCAGCUGCCAGAGCCCUAACGAACCCACCGCAAGAUUAGAUAAACUGGGUUCUUACCACGCAAUUUAAUGAAUCCAAACCACUGAAUAGUACAACCUGUUGUGCUUGUAGUAAUAUGUUUUGCUGUGCUUCGGUUGCUCUAAAGUGUGCUGGGUGCGGGUAUACUUACUGGUAUGAUCAGGCACUUGUGUGGCAAAUUUGGUUUUGGAGGUCUCGUGGCCAAUGGGUAAGAGAACGUAGCUGGAUUAGAGCGUUAAGUAAAUUUACAGGUUUGUCAGGAAGAGAGGGACUUAAUUUGUAUGAGAGUGCAGAACAAAUAAUUACUGCUUUUGUGAGGUGGCGUUUGAAUCAUGAACUAAAGGGACUAGAAAUAAGGAGAAAUUCUCACAUUGUAGCUGCCCGGUGUAGACAACAAGUCCCACUGACCCAAACAUCUGUGGUAGGGCCCUUUGAGGGGGAUCCUGACCAAGCAUUGGAUCAGUGCAUCGAGAACCUUCAGAGAUUGAAGGUAGGAAAGUGGGGAACAGCAAAACUCAAAAGAAAGAAGGGAGAAAAGAAGUGAAAGCUACACGAGAUGCAUUUCAUUGCUGCUGUUAUAUUAUUGCUAGUGAGCUAAACAAUUGGGAUGUAGGGCCAAAAAUGGGCCAAAUAAAAUGGGCCAAAUAAAAGAAAGAAAUUUUAAACUUAUUAAUUACAGGUGUACAAAGUGUUAAUCAUGCCGUAUUACAAAAUAGAGCAGCUAUAGACUUUUGCUUUAGCGCAAGGCCAUGAUUGUGAAGAGUUCGAAAAAUGUGCUGCAUGGGAACGUGUUGCAUGAGUCUCUCUGAUCAUUCUGUUUUGAUUCACAGCAAGAUUAGGGACAUUCGAAGAAGACUCCACAAGUUGAAGGAAAAGAAGAGCUAAGAAUCGAUGAAUGGCUAAAAAGUUUUAAAAUUUGAAGAAAGAAUUCGUAAGUUAUAAGAAAAAGGGGGGAAUGAAACCCCAAAACAGAUAGCCUUCAAGAAAUAAUGAGUUAAAACGUAGAAUGUGAGGCAUUUGAAGAAAGCCUAGCAUUAGGAAACACAUAAAGCAAUAAAUCAGCUAAAGUAUGAAACACAAUGACAGGAAAGAGAGAUAGGUAUAGGAGAACUGAUGGGCUAAGCAUGUUCAGAGCCAGCAAUGUCAAACUGACCCUAAGAGAUUUGCCAAGCCAUAGGGACCGAGCCAAGUACACCGGGAAUUGACCAAAUUAGGAAAGAAGUUCAAAAGUUUAAGGAGGAAGACUCAUCAAGAGACCCCAGCCCAUGAUGAAGGCAACCGGAACGACCACCAAGAUGAUCCUCAAAAGAGGUGUCCCCGCCCACGCUCCGCCUACACCACGCCCCAUAUGAAUAUUCAUGCAAAGAUAUGAUUAUGUAUAUGAUCUGAUGUAAUUUUAUAUCCAAAAACUGUAUAAAAGGCCUGCCUUUGUUACGGGAAACUCAGAAAUCCAUUUUGUGAUUUCUCCGACGCAUCGCAAUAAAAUACCUCCUGCUUAUCUGA